AUGCAAAACAUCACUCUCACUACCUCAUACGCUUUCCACCUGGAGCCGGAAGUUGUUACUUCCACCUUCAAUGGUACAGAUAACGAGAGUAGCUAUAGUUUCCCCAGCUUCUCACCUCCUUUUGACAACACUACAUACAUUAACUCAACGCUGGAGAAACGCCUGUACGAGCUGAAGAACCCAGCUAUUGGCGUUCUCUUGGCUAUGUUUAGCUGCAUCGUGGUCGUCGGGAACAUAAUGGUCAUCAUUGCGGUGGCUAGGGAAAUUUACCUCCGAACCGUUACCAACUACUUCAUAGUAUCCCUGGCCAUCGCUGAUGUCAUGGUCGGUGGCGUUGUUAUGCCUUUCAGUAUCAGUAAUGAAAUGACCAGCUCCGUUUGGCUGUACGGUCAACCAUGGUGCGAUCUGUGGCGAUCGCUGGACGUUCUGGCUUCUACAGCAUCUAUUCUUAACUUGUGUGUGAUAUCAUUAGACCGUUACUGGGCUAUCACGGAUCCCAUUGCCUACCCUAGUAAAUUAUCAAAUAGCAAAGUAUGUAUACUUAUAGCUCUUGUGUGGUUCUGUUCUGCGGGUAUAUCAUUCCCAGCAAUCGCCUGGUGGAGAGCAGUAACGCCGUCAGAUUACUCGGUUCAUCAGUGUUUAUUUACAGAAGAUAGUGCGUAUCUAAUUAUAUCCUCUGUUGUGUCGUUUUAUAUUCCAACAAUUAUUAUGAUGUUUGUUUAUUGUAAAAUAUACAGGGCUGCCUUAGCCCAAACUGAGGGAAUAAAAAGUGGCUGUAAGAUAACUUCUGACUGUCCCAAAGGAGAUAACGGAGAAGUGAUGACAUUACGAAUACACAGAGGAGGUUACAGGUUAAGAAAUGAACCUCAUCCAACAGGUCUUGGGUUUGACCAUCGAUCCAGUGACAGCGAGGAGGAAAAUACUAUCAACUCCACGCGGCAUCAUAUAUAUCAUAACAAUCAUCAUCAACAGCGUCCAACGACCUGCAUAACCAAAAAGAUUAGACAUUUUGCUAUCAGUAAGAAACUCACAAAACUUGCUAGGGAGCAAAAAGCGGCAAAGACACUGGGAAUUGUUGUCGGUGUGUUCAUUAUAUGCUGGGUUCCCUUUUUCUGUGCAAACAUUCUCUACGGUAUAUGCCACGAAGAGUGCGUUUACAAACCAGAUAUUCUCUUUCCAGUAUUCACAUGGCUUGGUUAUCUUAAUUCAGGGAUGAACCCUAUUAUAUAUGCUCUAUCCAUGAAGGAUUUCCGAAGAGCUUUCAGCAAAAUGAUAUUCUGUUGCCCUCGCUACAGGCAUAAACAGGCCAAGAGACAUGCAUACAGCCAGGCCAACAGUCUAUCCACGUCUAGUUUUUCAGUCAGCUGUGGCGAUCGUUGUGUAGCUCUUCGAAUUUAA